CUUCUGUUUUCUCGAGGACAGCCUCAUUGCUACUUCCGGCCUUCUUGCCACUGCUUAUAGCCACGGUCUUGUGACAUCUAUCAAAGGAGCAAAUGGAGUAGUGAUGCCCGGACUUAGCGGUAUGUUAAAAAUCCAUCCCGUGUUUCGAUAUUGUAUACAAGGUACUGAUGAUAGAACUAGUUGCCGAUGGUACGCCCCGAGACUGCAGCUCCAACUCUUGUGGGUCGCAGGCCGAUACAGCAAUCAUCAGAGAUCGUGAGAUAUCAUCGGGCAAGGCGAGUGCUCUGGGCCGGACCCAAGGCAAUGGACCUAUCGACGCCUCUACCAUGAUCCAAAAUUUCAUGGGAGCAGGCACAACGGCUCCAACCAAUAACGGCUCUGCUGCCGCUACCGGUGUGGAGGACAACAUCCCGGGGAACGUAGCAAAGAAGAGCACCUCCUUCCCCCGAGCACUGAGCGACUUGCUUUCGGGUCUCACUGGUGGUCUUACUGGUGGUAACAAAGCCAAGACCGGCGCGGGCCAAAAGACCGAGACGCCUGAAGAAACCUCGGUUGCCGCUACUGCUGGUCAGGGUAGCACGUCGGGCCUCCCCACGUGUGCUGAUGAUGGUUCAAUCACCAUGACAUUCCGACAAAUCAACCAAGAUGGUGCCGGUCCGAUGGAGGCCGCCGUUGACGGAACCUCGGGCGGUCAGGACCCUGCCGCGUUCAAGACCGCCGAGGUAACUCAGGAUGUUCCGGGCAUAGGGUUCGGAGGACUAUCCACGGCCACCAAUACGGACUUUCCCUUGACCGUACAGAUGCCCGAGGGAAUGACCUGCGACGCUACUGUCGGCGACGCUCAGAACGUGUGCAUCGUGAGAGUUCGGAACAACGCAAUUGCAGGACCGUUUGGAGGCUCGGCGGCUUUUACACAGUCCCCUGCUGCACGCAAGCGGGCAAUCACCUACCGCUUGAAGAAGCGUAACGGCGCCGAGCAGAACCGCCGCCUCAGAUAAAUGAUUCAAGAAUCAUUAUGUACGGUAGAUGAAGAUUAGGUAGCGUUAGGCUAUAGAUAGGGGGGAGGUUUAGAAUUAUCGUCUUAGGUACCUGUCAGAUGGUUUUAGUGACGUUUAAGUGACGUCAAUUCAUCGUUAGCGUUAAAGCUUGGUCCUAUUCAGCAC